AUUGAAACAAGUUUUACCAACUGCGUAUUUAUCUCUAAGCGCCAACAGGCCAGCCUAGUGAAAUUAACUGGGUAAACCUAUUUGCGUGACUAUGCAACAGGUGAAUCGAAUGUUUUCGCUAUGAUGCAAAUCGAAACGCAUUCUAUUAACUACAUAUUAAUCUCCACGCGCCGAUUUAGAAAAGGCGGGCAAUUCUACGAUAGAGCUACUCGUUAUCGACUUCUAUUUAUACUUUAUAUAAGAAAGAAUUACCUAUCUGCUUAUACAAUGUCUACUAUUACACCGGAUACAACGACGGCCGCGGUCCCAACUGGCUCUAUGGAAGUACUUUCCCAAGAAAUUGAUGAAAAGGAAGGCAUGUAUCGCAUCCGUAGCGGACAGCAAGUCUACUACUUGACCAUCUCUACCGACGUCUUCGAUGAAGAUACCAUGUGCCGCCCCUACCUCCUCCUCCCCCAGCUGCCCAAUUUAUUAGCCUAUGCGCCAUCGCGAAAGCUCAGACUCGCGCGCAACGCAGACGACGGCUCUCUCGCCGUGACCGCGGACGACACCGAUCCCUUGCGAGAGAUCACCUUCACGUGGCAUGCGGACCGGAUCGACGUGCUGUCCCUGCCGCGCAUAAAGCGCCUCAACUCGGGCGUCUUCGAGACGGUCUACCGGGGCGGGGCGGCGGUCGCCAAGAUCGCCUGUUUUGAGUGGCAGAUCCCGAGCCGGACCCGCGAGACCUGGGCCUAUUGCAUCUUGACGAAAUCCCAACAACAACAACAACCACAUCGACCCAGCGACGACGGCGGCAGUCCACUCAUUGCGCCGGAGUUCCUGGGCCACUUGACGGAGAACGGGCGCGUGAUAGGCUUCCUGAUGGAGAAGUUGGAAGGCAGAUGCGCGGGCCCGGGAGACCUGGCGCCAUGCGCGGCUCUAUUGAAGAGGCUGCACGGGCUGGGAGACCUGGGACUCGUGCACGGAGACGUCAACCGGUAUAACUUUGUUGUUAACGAAGGAUAUGGUGGCGUUGCUGUUCGUAUGGUGGACUUUGAGCAUGCGCAGGACUACGACGAGGAAUUGGCGCGGGAGGAACUCGAGUCGCUUCCCGCCGAGUUGGCUGAGGAGACAGGGCGCGGCUCGAGCAUUACUUACUACUACUAGGCCGGAGUUGAAAUAGUACUAUAGGUUCCAAAUAUGCUGAUGAAGUUCAGAAUGUAGCCCUACGCUAGAGACGGCAAGAACUACCCGUCUAAGACAAUGCUGCCUAUUAAAGCCUAAAGAAAUUGCUAUGGUUUAGCAGAAAGGGCAGCAAAAAAAAAAGAAAAAAGGAGGGUGUGGGA